AUGAAUUUACAACUGAUUUUCUGGAUCGGAUUGAUUAGUUCAGUUUGCUGUGUGUUUGGCCAAGCAGAUGAAAAUAGAUGUUUGAAAGCAAAUGCCAAAUCAUGUGGGGAGUGUAUACAAGCAGGGCCAAAUUGUGGAUGGUGCACAAAUUCAACAUUUUUACAAGAAGGUAUGCCUACAUCUGCUCGAUGUGAUGAUUUAGAAGCCUUAAAAAAGAAGGGCUGUCAUCCAAAUGACAUUGAAAAUCCCAGAGGCUCCAAAGAUAUAAAGAAAAAUAAAAAUGUAACGAACCGAAGCAAAGGAACAGCAGAGAAGCUGCAGCCAGAAGAUAUCACUCAAAUCCAGCCACAGCAGUUGGUUCUGCAGUUACGAUCAGGGGAGCCACAGACAUUUACACUAAAAUUCAAGCGGGCUGAAGACUACCCCAUCGAUCUCUACUACCUCAUGGACCUCUCCUACUCCAUGAAAGACGACUUGGAGAAUGUGAAAAGUCUGGGGACAGACUUGAUGAAUGAAAUGAGGAGGAUCACUUCAGACUUCCGAAUUGGGUUUGGCUCUUUCGUGGAGAAAACUGUGAUGCCUUACAUUAGCACAACACCAGCUAAACUCAGGAACCCUUGCACAAAUGAACAGAACUGCACGAGCCCAUUUAGCUACAAAAAUGUGCUCAGUCUUACUGAUAAAGGGGAAGUAUUUAAUGAACUUGUCGGCAAGCAGCGCAUAUCUGGAAAUUUGGAUUCACCAGAAGGUGGCUUUGAUGCAAUCAUGCAAGUUGCAGUUUGUGGAUCACUCAUUGGUUGGAGGAAUGUGACACGGCUGCUGGUGUUUUCCACGGAUGCUGGGUUUCACUUUGCCGGAGAUGGGAAACUUGGUGGCAUUGUUUUACCAAAUGAUGGACAGUGUCACCUGGAAAAUGAUGUGUACACAAUGAGCCAUUAUUACGAUUAUCCUUCUAUUGCUCACCUUGUCCAGAAACUAAGCGAAAAUAACAUUCAGACGAUUUUUGCAGUUACUGAAGAAUUUCAGCCUGUUUACAAGGAACUGAAAAAUUUGAUCCCUAAGUCAGCAGUAGGAACAUUAUCUGCAAAUUCCAGCAAUGUGAUUCAGUUGAUCAUCGACGCGUACAAUUCCCUUUCUUCAGAAGUCAUUUUGGAAAACAGCAAAUUACCGGAAGGAGUAACAAUAAAUUACAAGUCUUACUGCAAGAACGGGGUGAAUGGAACAGGGGAAAAUGGGAGAAAAUGCUCUAAUAUUUCCAUUGGGGAUGAGGUUCAAUUUGAAAUUAGCAUAACUGCAAAUAAAUGUCCAAAUAAGAACUCUGAAACCAUUAAAAUUAAGCCUCUGGGCUUCACUGAGGAAGUGGAGAUUAUCCUUCAGUUCAUCUGUGAAUGCGAGUGCCAGGGUGAAGGUAUCCCAGGAAGCCCCAAGUGCCACGACGGCAACGGGACCUUCGAGUGUGGGGCCUGCAGGUGCAACGAGGGACGUGUUGGGAGACACUGUGAAUGUAGCACAGAUGAGGUGAACAGUGAAGACAUGGACGCUUACUGCAGGAAAGAAAACAGUUCAGAAAUCUGUAGCAACAAUGGAGAGUGUGUCUGUGGACAGUGUGUGUGUAGGAAGAGGGACAAUACAAAUGAAAUUUAUUCUGGCAAAUUCUGCGAGUGUGACAAUUUCAACUGUGAUAGAUCCAAUGGCUUAAUAUGUGGAGGGAAUGGUGUUUGCAAGUGUCGAGUGUGUGAGUGCAACCCAAACUACACCGGUAGUGCCUGUGACUGUUCUCUGGAUACCACUUCCUGCCUGGCCGUAAAUGGACAGAUCUGCAAUGGCCGCGGUGUCUGCGAGUGUGGUGCCUGUAAGUGUACAGACCCCAAGUUCCAAGGACCAACCUGUGAGAUGUGUCAGACCUGCCUUGGAGUCUGUGCUGAGCAUAAAGAAUGUGUUCAGUGCCGAGCCUUCAAUAAAGGAGAAAAGAAAGACACAUGUGCUCAGGAAUGUUCACAUUUCAACAUUACCAAGGUUGAAAAUCGGGACAAAUUGCCCCAGCCAGGCCAGGUGGAUCCCUUGUCCCACUGUAAGGAGAAGGACGUUGACGACUGCUGGUUCUACUUCACAUAUUCAGUGAAUGGGAACAAUGAGGCCACUGUUCAUGUUGUAGAGACUCCAGAGUGCCCCACUGGUCCAGACAUUAUUCCAAUUGUAGCAGGUGUGGUUGCUGGAAUUGUUCUUAUUGGCCUUGCAUUGCUGCUGAUUUGGAAGCUUUUAAUGAUCAUUCAUGACAGAAGGGAAUUUGCCAAAUUUGAAAAGGAAAAAAUGAAUGCCAAAUGGGACACGGGUGAAAAUCCUAUUUACAAGAGUGCUGUGACAACUGUUGUUAAUCCGAAGUACGAGGGGAAAUGA